GAUGUACGAUUUGAAGGCAUUUGUCGUUUGAAUCGUUCGUUCGUUUCGUUUGUUUUUAAAGUAAAUGCGAUUCAAAUGAUCUCUGAUUUCAACCAUUUGUCGGCCGUUUUGUCGGUCGAAGAGUUGGCCAAUGUGUCCAUCGAUCUCAAGACCAAACUCGAGACACAUCUGGAAAUCGUCGGACAAAACAAACGACAAUCGGCUCAAACAGUGGCCAACAUUGAGAACAAGUGUUUGUCAGCCGAACGUCAACUCCAGAACUCUUUGUUCAGACUUCAGGCCAGCGAAGAGUUUGCCGAAAAACUAAAGAAUCAGUUGAGAGAAACGGAAGAAGCGUUACAUAAGUCUCGAAACGAAUAUUUCGAGGCUUUUGAUUGCAAACAAUCGCUUUCUCUUGAAUUGAAUUUAACUAAAGAAAAAUCGGAUCGAUUUGCGGCCGAAAAAARCGAUUUAAACAAAGUUCUGGAGCGAAGACAGGAAGAGAUCCAAGAAUUGCAAAAUGAAUUGCAAACUCUUUGCUCUCGUUUUCAAUCGGAAAGUGAAGGAAAAGUCGAAACUCUGACCAAAACGGGAGAACUGGAGCUCAAAAUGUUGUCUUUGGAACACAAAGAGAAGCGUUUGGCUCAAGAAAAACAACUCUACGAACAACAGAUCCAAACUCUUAACGAAGAACUCACGGAUAAAGUCAAUGAAUUGUUGGCCAUUCGUCGCGAACGCGCGCUUCAGAUGUUUGAAAUGCAAACGACUUUAGACCAGAAAAGCGAUGAAAACUCCAAAUAUUUGGAUGAAAUUCGAGUUUUAAAGCAAAUGAUUGAGAAAAAGGAUAAACAUAUCGAAGGAUUAGCCGUAAGAAUGGGUGAAAUUCAACAUUCAAGCGCUCAAUUGGAAGAAGAUUUUCACAACGAAAUCACAGCACAAAAGAGUUUAAUUGAAUCACAAAAAGAAACGAUUAAUGAAUUGAAAAAACGAAAUCAAACUCUGAUUCAAACCAUAGAAGAAAUGCAAAAAAUGCUUCAAACGGCAAAAACGGCGCAUUCGGACCUCGAAAACACCUUCAAUGACACCCAAAGUCGAUUGACUCAACAGUUGACUGAAGUCUUGACCGAAAGAUCUUUUCUUCGCCAAGAAUUGGAAGAAAUUAAGAAGAAUUUGGCCAAAAAUAUGGAAUUGGCGUUCGAAAGACAAUAUCCUUUGGCGGCCAAUGCCAAGAAGCUAUUGGACAGAAGCACGAGUUUAACACAAAUCUUCAGUGAUAUGGGAUCCGCGCAAAAGGCUCUGGAAGACGAACGGCGCGAAAAUGCAGUUCURAAAGAGUAUUUAAGUCAAGUGGCGAACGAAUCGAAUGAAAACGAACCGCUUCUUCAGCGCAAAAUACAAGAACACCAGAGGGCGUGUCAAACAGUCGCUGAUCUGCGGACUCAGUUGUCGGCAGUUUUGGUCGAGAAAGACCAUUGGCUUCGCGAGAAAGACGCCAUAAUCAGAGUUAGCAAACAGUUUGAGCGCGAAAUCGAAAGAUACGAACGCGAAAACAAAGACUUAUCGCGACAAAUACGAGCUCUGAUUAGGAGUGUUCAGGAGGCCAGAGGUUUCUCUGUUUGUCUAACUCAGGACUCGAAUGUGUCUUCGUCUGACAGCAGAGAUAUUCCUCCAGAAUUAGUCACAUUCAAAGAUAUUGAAGAACUUCAGACCAAAAAUCGAGAAUUAAUGAAUGCUUUGCGUGAAAGCAAUGAAAAGAUGGAAAAAGUUAUGAAAGAAAAUGGAUUUGUUUUGCAAAAGGAGUUGGAAGAAGCUCUGCAGCAAUUGGAACAACUUAGACACGAAAGACAAGAACAAGUGGCAAUGGUCGACGCGCUGAUCCAUCAAAGACAUACUCAGGCGACGCCAGACACUAAAGACCAAAGAUCUCCCGGUCCGACAUCUGUUUGUUCGCCGUAUAGUUUGAACCGAAAUAAUGGCGACGAAUAUAACGAAUUGAAAAUCAAUUUCAAUAAAUUGACGAAAGAGUAUGAAAACUAUAGACAAGAAAACACUCUUAAACUCAAAGAAUUGAACGAAUCUUACGAUAGAGUGAGAGAAGAGUUGUCGUCUUUUAAAGUGGAUUCCGCAAAAAUGGCGUCAGAACUGACUUUUACCAUCGAAAGAAUGGAAAUGUUUAAAACGAAUUGCGAACAGUUCCAGAAGGAAAACGUCUUUUUGAAAGAGAAAAACACUAUUUUGAACGAAAACGUGAAAAAACACGAACAAACUUCAGUUCUUUUGCGAAAUGAUGUGUUGGCAGCCAAUGAAAGGGCCAACAGAGUCGAGAAAACGGUCGAAAGUUUGAAAUGCGAACGCGAUUUGUAUCGAAAUAAUGAGACAAAAUUGGUUCAGGAAAAGGAGUUUUUGCUGAAAAGCAGUGAAAACCAAAACAAAUUAAUAAAUACUUUACAAACGCUUCAAAACAGUUGGAAACAAAUGGAAAGCGAAUCAAUCAAUAGUUUAAAAGUUCAAAACAACAAACUUGAAAGCGAAAGACAAUACUGGAGAAACAAAUUCGAUAAAGAAGUGGAACAGCAUUUGCAGGCCAUCAGAGUCUGGGAAAAGAGUUUCCAAGAAGUUCGCAAUAAAUUGGACGAAGAAAUCGACAAACAUUUAGAAACACAUAAAGAGAUGUCUGAAUACCAGAAAAAGUCCAAGAAUUUUGAGAUUGAAUUAAACCAAUUGAAAGAAAGUGUAAAUCAGGCGAUGAAUGUCCAAACAUCGGCCACUAAUGAAGCGCAGGCCAAUCGAGCGCUUCAAUCGCAACUCGUGGUUCAAAGGGAACAGUUUUUGUCGCAAAUCGCAAACGCAAAUCAAAACCUGGAAAAAGUGACGCAAGAACUCGAAAAGACUAAAAAACUUCGACAAAAUGGCGAAAAUCUGAUGCAAAAUCUGAGACAAGAAGUCGAGCUUAAGAACAAUGAAGUGAAGAAACUGACGGAAGAAUCGAUUCAAUUGCGAACUGAGAAUCAAAAUAUUCAGAUCACAAUGAAUCAGUUGAGGAAAGUCGGCAGAAAGUAUAAACAACAAUACGACGAACUGAAGAUCCAAUUCGAUCAGUUGCAGACCGAAUGUCAACAGUUGAAAGUCAACCAAACCAUUAGUACAACAAUUAGUGAACCAAUGGAUACACAAAUCAAUGAAUUGACGCAAAAAAACGAGACAUUAAUGUCUGAAAUUCAAGAAAACGAAAAACAAAUUCAAAAACUAAACACAGAUUUAGCGCAAGUGAUUGACGAAAGAGAUGUGGCCAAAGGUCAGGCCCAGGAAAAGGAGGAAAGGGCGAAGAAGAUUGCAUUUCAGGCCAAACAACGAUUGUCUGCCAUUUCUAGUGAAAAGAAUAUGAUUUCCAAAGAAAAAGAAAUACUGGAAAAAAGUGUCGAAGAAUUGUCGGCAAAAGUGAAACAAUUUGAGCAAAACUGCGAAGAAAACGAUUUACGAAUGGCGACAAUGAAGAGUCAGUUCGAGGCAAAAGCGCGAAGAACUGAACGCGAACUCACGGAAGCGCUCAAACAAAUGGAAGAACUCAAAAACAAACAUCAAAACCAACCGACCAUUGCUUCCAAUGUUCAGACAGUUCAGAGCACUUCAGUUCAUACGGCCGCACAAACCACAAAUCCAGUCCGACAUCAGGUUCUGCCGCAAGCGGCGACUGUUCAGCCGCUGAGUGUGAAGUCGACUCCAAUGGCGAGUAUUAGACCUCUAGCUGUGGCGCCAACUCUUAGAAACGGACGAAACCCGAGAACUGCAACCGUGGCAACUGUCCAGCCGACCACUGAAGACCAGAAUUUGCAUCAAUCAGUUCCGCAAGCGACGGUUCAUCCGACACAAGCAUUCAAUACGCCAUUAGUUUCGACUCAAGAACCGGAAGUCAUUGUUUCGCAAACCGAAGAACAAAUGGAAACACAAGUCAUCGAAGAAGCAGUGGUCACGAGUCAAGACAAUGAACCAAUUGUCGAAACGAUUAAUGUCGAAGAAGAACAGCAAAGAGAAGAACCACUUCCACCACCAUCAACAUCAUCAUCAUCAAGGGCCAUUGUUGCCAACAUACGCARCGAACCGACGCUCUCAGAACCGACCACUUCAAAGGUCAGUAUUAAGAGGACGCGCGUGACUUUUGACGAAACACUAAACACAAAGAAAGCAAAAACAGAAACCGAAGAAAGCAUUGAAUCCGAAGAAAUUCAAUCGAAAAAAGUCGAAGAAGAAGAAGACGAUGACGUCAUUAUUCUAGAAAGCGAUUCCGAAGAAGAACCAAAAGAAGAUGUCAACGAAUGCGAAGACAAUAUCGACGACGAAGAGGCAGACGAUGAAGAGGAAGAUGACGAAGAAGAAGAUGAAGAAUACGAUGAAGAGAAUGAAGAGAAUGAAGAGAAUGAAGAGAAUGAAGAUGAAAAUCAAGACAAAAGUUUUCCCGAAGAAAACGAAGAAUACGUUGUCGACGAAGAAGAGUCUCAUUAUGAAGAUCAACCAAUUGAAGAACAUUCAGAAGCCGGCAGUGAAAAUGAGAAUCUGGAAGAUGUCGGUGUAUCUGAUGACGUACCCGAAGGAGAGGUCAACGAAGAUGUCGAACAACAACCGCAACAGACAGUUGUCAGCGAAACAAUGAGUUCUUCAGAAACAGAACCGACGGUUGAUUCGACUUCAGUUCCAUCUGUUGUCACAACGGAAUCGAAUCCAUUCAUUCAAAUCCCGACUCCUAUUCAGCGUCCGUUCGGUUCGACAAACAGACAGUCGUUUUUUCUAAAUCAGACGCAACAGAACGCAUACGACGAAGGAGACGGAAUAGUUCCGAGUACUCCCACUCUGUUUGUUCCGCGUCGUGGCGACGGAUUCAUUGAUUCCCUAAACUCUCCACGUGUUCCUCAGGCAAGGUUUGUCUUUAGUUCAAACAUUCCCGAAUCGGUUCCGGUCUCUCAAUUGGCGACAGAGACCACUCUGGGUGUUGACGACACGCGAAUGGAUUUAUCGCAAUUCGACGACAAUAACGGCCGAAGCCUUCCAUUGACUAAUUCCGGAGAAACUUCGGGAACUCGGAGUUUGGAUAUUGAAGUGGAUUCGGAUCCCAAUUUCGCAAUUGAUUCCAAUCUAACAGAAACUGUAAUUCCGACCGAAACUGAAAGCGAUUCCAGUGUUUUGGAAAUUGAAAAAARUGCCGAAGAUUUGAAUGAAUCGGAAAACAGUCAGAAAUCGGAAGAAUCGCAACAAAUCGGCGGAAAUCAGACUUUGAAUCAAUCAAUGCCUUCCACUUCUUCUUCUUCUAUAAGCUCAGUUCAGCCAAGUUCUUCAGCUCAAAGAGGUCAUCCAAUGGCUCGAAGAGGAGGUGUUAUAGGAUUGCAAAGAGGAGGUCUCUUAAGAAGACCUAUUAUGGCACCAAAAACGCCUCAAUUUCCAUCAGAUGUCCCGCAAAACAGACCUUUGUUGCCGACUCCGGGUUCGCAGGACUUUCAACAACAACCUCAACAACAACAACAACAACCACAACAACAGCGCAAUCAAAGACUGAACAAAUUCGGAGGACGCGGCAACUUUAGAGGACGUCCGAGUCGAGGCACGGGUCGUGGCGGUCGUGGAAGUGGUUUUCAUUACAAUAACUGAUGUUUUGAUAUAUUUUUAGAGUAUUUGUUGUCUUAAAAGUUGAAUUAAUUGAGUCUUUGAUUAAUUGAAAUACAAUUUUAUGUA